UGCGUCACUUCCGGCGUGUGCGUCCGGCGUCCGUCCGCCGCGGGAUGGCGGCUCUGAGGAGUUGGCUGUGUCGGAGCGCGGCGUCUCUGUUCAGGUACAGACAGUGUGUUCCGGUCUUAGCCAGCGCGAGGAAACGCUGCUUCUCGGAACUGAUAAGACCAUGGCACAAAACCCUGGUGGCUGGAUUCGGUGUGACCCUGUGCGCGGUUCCUGUUGCUCAGAAAUCGGAGCCUCAUUCUCUCAGUAACGAAGCAUUAAUGAGGAGGGCUGUGUCUUUGGUAACAGAUAGCACCUCUACCUUUCUCUCUCAAACCACGUAUGCGUUGAUUGAAGCAAUCACUGAGUAUACUAAGGCUGUUUAUACAUUAGUUUCUCUGUAUCGACAAUAUACAAGUUUACUUGGGAAAAUGAAUUCACAGGAGGAAGAUGAAGUGUGGCAGGUGAUUAUAGGAGCCAGAGUUGAGAUGACGUCAAAACAGCAAGAAUAUUUGAAGCUGGAAACCACUUGGAUGACUGCAGUUGGCCUUUCAGAGAUGGCUGCUGAGGCUGCGUACCAAACUGGAGCAGAUCAGGCCUCUAUCACUGCCAGGAAUCACAUCCAGUUGGUGAAAUCGCAGGUGCAGGAGGUGCGCCAGCUCUCGCAGAAAGCAGAAACCAAGCUGGCCGAAACACAGACACAGGAGCUGCACCAGAAAACACAGGAGGCGGGGGAUGAGAGGGCUGACCAGGAGCAGGACGCCUACCUACGAGAAGAUUGAGGGCCAGCGCUCCCUGCCCAGUCUACCCACUCUGGGGAAAGCAGGGUUGGAUGCCAUCCACUUGUCACCUCUGCUCUGCACAAAGGGGACACGUUCUGCCCUGACCAGUUAGGCCAGAAGCCUUUGUGAACUAUGAAUGCCUGGUCCCUUUCUCUCUGGUCUUAGUCAUUACUGGACCUGGUUCUUAGCCCAUGGGCAGUGUACCCUGUUUAAUAUUGUAUCCCCCUCAGCACAGCGGCUUUUUCUCACAUUUAUUUCACCAACCUGGGCCAGAGAUGGGAUGGGGUCUUUUCUGCCACAUCCUUAAUCCUUAAGUCUAUUUAACCUCAGGUUUUAGCCUUACUCAGAUUUUCAAGUAUAACUUAGUAUUUGCUCCUGCAGGAUUAAGAGUUUGUGGAGCGAGAGGGAGCCUAUCCUGUUUGUAAGAUUUCCUCUAAGUGUUUUUAUUGCUCUCUCUGAUGUGGCGCACAGCUAAGGUUAAAGAAUCUAGUGGAUUGUUGAGGUCAUGAAUAUAAUCUUCUCCUGGUGCUCCCAGCAGGGUUUACUCUCAACACGUUUCUCAUUGCA